AUGAACUCAAACUGUGAACUCAUCCACCGUGAGCGUGUGAUGGGCCUUCAAUUCAGUCGGUCCGGAAAUCAAUUGGCAACAUAUGGCCCUACAAUGACUACGCUAUGGGACGUUUCCACCAAACGGCCCUCUGAAACCUUUAGCAAUACUCCAAAUACGACUGUCCUAGCCUUGGCUUUUGCCAAGGAUGACUGCGCAAUAUUCAUGUUUUCUGAUGACUACGUCCUCCGGAAGGUGAUACUAGACGGUUCUGCUCAGAAUUGCGAAACCAUCGAUCUUGGAGCACAUCGUGAGACGGCGAGUCACUGGGUAAAUCCAUCUUGUGCCACUUUUGACCAUCAAACAAACUUUCUUGCAGUGGGAUUCCGCGGUGAUCCUAUAGAAGUCUGGGAUAUUCAGUCUUUUGAUUGUGUAGAGAGGCUCGGAGGAUUGUCCUAUCCGCAAAGCGAUGUACUUCAGCUUUGCUGGUGUCCGCAGCCGGACAGGUUAAUAGUCCGCCAGGGGAAUGGAUGUCUGAGGAUAUUGGACCUUCUCCGCCAUGCACCAAUAGCGACAUGUAUUGACACGGUGUCCGUGAUGUCAUACAAUGCUACGUCAGAGUUUCUCGUCACUGGUGAUAUGGCGGGCACAGUCACAGUCCGACGAAUACACGAUCUAGCGCUAUUAUAUCAUGCUCGCGGAUCCGAAAGCAGCAUUCUGGCGCUGUCCGUAGCACCGGGGGGCGGGAAAGUCUAUGGCAUCCAAAGCUCCAAAUGCAUAGUUUGGGAACCUUCUCUGCUUGCGACGAUGGCCUCCCACCAACGCGGCCAAGUCCCUUUCUCAUCAGGAUACCUCUCGCAAGGCCCUCAGCUGACUCAAGAUGACUCCUUUGUCACUGCUUUGGCAACAUGUGAACGAUCAUCUGCAUACUGCGCUGGCUAUGCGAAUGGGCAAAUCCGAGUGAUAUUUCGCGACGGAACAGGGUCUUUCUUGGACCUACCCACCAGGGUACGGAUCGAGCGCCUUCUCUGGAGCCCUGAUGAGCAAUAUCUUGCGAUUGUGGACCUAGGUGCCCGAGUCUUUAUCAUGUCAAUGGACCAUGAAAGGUAUAGGUCCAAUCAAUUGACCCCAAUCAGGCUGCAGUCGUGUGUAGAACAAAUCCUCUUCCAACGAACCUCCCAGGCUCUUCUGGUGGUCACGAAAGACGACAUGCUGACUUGGGAUCUUGGCACGGGCAAUAUGAAAGCGAGUCAUCACUCUUUAGGGAGCCAUAGCAGAUGGAUCAAUCACCCCACAAAAGAUGGCUUGAUACUUGGGAUGGGCCCUGACAACGUCCUGAUCUACCAGUGGCACAAUCACUUGACUGUAUCCAGCAUCUCACUGGACAACUCCAUGUCAUAUCUAACAUUUGGCCUAGGGUUGUUGGAUUAUGUGAAAACUGAACCGUCGAGUAUGACGCUACAUCCGACCUCGGCAACAUGCCAAGUCAAGAGAGUUUUGUCUUCCCCAGACGCAUCCAUGUUGUUGCUGGUCACAACACGUCAGACCAAAGAAUCCAUAAGCGGCUCCCAGUUUUUGCAGAUCCCCAUGAGGGAAUUAAACGACAAGAUUGCUCUAUCACAUGGCGUUGUAUGUCCUUUUCCGCUCAUUGAAAGUCUCAGUGAUAUCAUUGCCAUGCCUUUGGGAUUUCUCUCCCAGGAAAGCAGCGAAGGAGCCAUGGUGCAAGUCCCAGGUAACCGUCUCAUUUUUCUGAACAAGGAAAACUGGAUCUGUUCAACUUGGAUUGAUUCUUCUAAUGAGGAGCAUCCCGUUCAGAGACACAUUUUUUUACCUGACGAUUGGCUUGCUGCAGGGGAUAUGAGUUUGAUCCAGUUUCGUUCGGACAGGAUAUAUAUUCCGAGGUCAGAGCACAUCGUCAUCAUCCGAAAUGCACUUGAUGUAUCGUACUAG